CCCCCCCGAUCGUCAUCCCGAAGAUCACCUAUCAUCAUGAUCUUCAACCCGGGUGAGCCAUCCCUCUCCCGGUAAGUCACUAACUACCAAUUAGUCGUAGUUUCAUGCCCUCCCGAGUCCCGACACCUGUUCAAACACCCACACAACCCUGCCCGUGCAGCGGGGCUGUGCAAUGAAUCAAGGGAUGACAUGCACAUUCCAAGGGUGUCUCAUCACGGUAAUGAACGGCCCCCGUUGAAAAGAUCGCUUAACCGAUUUUGCACGUACAUUUUUCACCCUUGAUUGACCGCGUGGUGAAUCCCGGCUCGGGGCGAGAAGCCCACGACAAGUGCAAAAGUGGAGGAAAAUAGUACCGAGGGAGGAGGGGAGGGCAAAUUCAAAGACGAGCGUGGGUGGUUUAUCGUUUAAUUCGUGCGUUGGUCCAGCCAUUGUCAUGCACCUCGUUUCUUUUAGGGGCGGGUGCCACGGCCUCGGGCUUUCUGCAUUUAAUCUUGGGCCUUUCCUGGUGGGCAAGGAUUUUACUUUUGUGACACUAAGCCUCUUCCUCUUCUUCUUGUCUUGCUCCUUCUUCCUUUUCGUCGAGGGUUUGACAUUUGUAAGUGCUUCAAAAGGUAUACGUGCGUUCGUAUACUUCACUACCACCCACCGUGUUGUACUGUACCACGGUUCGCCGCUCUACGUUGAUCUAUAGCGUAUAGCUUAUAUCCUUCCUCAAUACCCACUUAAUACGACAAAGCCUCAGCUGGUCUGGAACACUUUACCCCCCUCUCUCAGCCACACCAUGGAGGAUCCCCAACUGAACUGGACCGACCCGACCGACGUGCUACAAGGCAUCAUGGCCGGUCAAGACGGUCCCAAUUCACAUCCAGACCUCACAGACUGUCGUCAGUCCGGUCUCACUCUCGACUCAACCCCACAUCCACUAUUAGAACUGGAUCUGGGAUCGAUCGAGCCCCGCAGCCAACCCGCUUUUCUGUGGUCAUCCACCUCCACUUCAUCCGCCGAGCCACAUGACUUUUAUCACCCGUAUUAUCAUUCCUCGCGUCUCGCGGCGGAUCAGGAUGCCUGGAGCCCGUUGCAGGUCACCGGCGUUCUGCAAAACCUAUCGCCCAUGUCUCAUAUGAACAUGGCGAUCGGGGAUCGUGAGGGCGGGUACUUGAAACAGCAUUACCGUACACCCUCGGAGAGCGGGAGUCAAUAUAUGGGCAGCUUGUACUCGGGGGACUCGGGGUAUGGUGGGAGUAAUAGCUGUGUGACGCACUCGGCCGUCACUUCGUCCUACGGGCUGGAAUCGAUGUCGAGUCCGCAGAUCGGACCGAAGGAGCAGGGCUUUGAAGAGUCGCUUGCGAUGUUCAAUCAAGCCUUUGUUGGUCCUCCGAUAUUCACGGCGGGUCUGGUCGGGUCCCCGGAUGAUUCGGUCAAAUGUGAUCAUCCUGCUUGCACCUGGGUGGGCAAGUGCCCUUCUGAUAAGAGGAAACACGAGGCACGACACCGAAAGCUGUUCAAGUGUGAUGAGCCUAAUUGUCCCCGCAAGGAAGGCUUCGGUACGAUCAACGAUUUGGCCCGCCAUAAGAAAUGCGUUCACAAUAAAGAGCCCGAGCGCGGGCCGAAGAUGAUGUAUCUCUGCUUUGGGAAGAAUUGUCCCCGGCCAAACAAGAAGUGGCCUCGACUGGAUAAUUUCAAGCAGCAUCUUGGUCGGAUGCAUCAUGGGGAAGAUGCGGAUGCCCUUCUCAAGAAGUCUAUGGACUGGUACGAGAGCCUCACUGGGCAACCUGCUCAAAUCCCCGAGGACACUGCCUCGCAAGACGAUCCCCUGGAUGAGACACAGCAGGACCUGGUCUCCAACCACGAGAUGGAUCUAGACUCUGUAGCCUCCGGUGACUAUCCCGAGGAGAAUAUGGAUCUUUCACCGUCCGGCGCAGCAACACCCAAGCCACUCCAAUAUCACAAUUCACAACCCGAGAUCCCCACACUGGGUACUCUCACAUCACUUACAAGUGAUCCCCGCGAUUCAACGACAGAGCCCAACAGCAUCAAAUCAGAAACAUUCGUCACGGACGCAGCAGAUAACCUCCUCAACGCCAUGACCAAAAUGAUGAACAACCGCGGCCGAAGAUCCAGCCAACACAGCGACGAAGGAAUCGAGAUUGAAUCCGAUCCCACCACCCUCUCCCAGCCACAACGCCAAAUGCUACAAAAAGUUCUCUCCGCGGCCCUGGAGCGCCUCUCAGACGAUGCCUCCUCGAUAGCCCCAGAACCCAACGACGAGAAACAGGACUGGUUCCAAUGCGACGUUUGCUCAAAACGUACCCGGCUACGUUGCGAAAUGAAAAAACACCAGAAACGCCACGAACGCCCGUACGGCUGUACUUUCCCCCACUGCGCCAAAUCCUUCGGCAGCAAAGCAGACUGGAAGCGCCACGAAACCUCCCAACACCUCCACCUCCCCAGCUGGCUCUGCACGUCCCACGACCCUGCCAAAAACGGCUCCUGCGAACGUAUCUUUUACCGCGAGGAAACCUACACCCAGCAUCUGAACACGUACCACCGCGUCCCGAAGACGAAAGUAAAGAGCGUCGUGCAGGGGAGUCGCCUUGACCUCGCAGACCAGUCGCAUUUCUGGUGUGGACUUUGCGGGCGGGAUGUGGAGUUGCGGAAUUCCGGGGGUGCGGCGUUGGACGAGAGGUUCAAUCAUAUUGACGUGGAGCAUUUCAAGAAGGGGGAGCGGGGGAGGGAUUGGUGUUUUUCGAAUGUGGACGGUGCUGGUGGGAAGGUAGUUGCCGCUGCUGCUGCCCAGGUGGAGGCCAAGCGUGAGACGGUACAGGCUGGUUCUGAGAGGAGUCAUCGGAAACGCAAGUUCUCGGGCGAGGCAUAACACUAGAGGUGGAUGGGCUUUCUCGUUGGUCCGGUAUAAUGCUUGGUUCUGCAUGCAUCAUGAAUAUUCUGUAUAAUGAUAGAUUAUAGCUGGGCUUUUGUCCACGAAUGAAGACUUGAAAUAUAUUUGGAU